AUGCUGCAGACCUGUGUACCACGGCUGUGCGCCGUCCUCUGUGUGAUGGCGGUCCUCGUUCUGCUGGGCUGCGGGACAGCCCGAGCGCAAGAAAGCUGCGGGACCACCGCGUUGUGUAAGCCGUAUGAUACGAACGGCCCUUUGUGUGCGCGAAAAAAGCGGAUGAAUCUCCGCUUCAUGUUGGAAACCUCCAGGGAGAACAACUUCACGGUCGGCACCCAGGUACACCACCUCGCCACCUACAGCUUCUGCCCGAUUGUAGACCAGCUCUCCUCCUUCACGCUGGUCGGCGCACCCUUUAUGGCCAGUUGCUACGCUACCAAGCAGGAAACAGACGAUGUGGUUACGGAUCACCUCUCCAUGGACAUGGAGCCUCGGUAUCUCUCCGUCUACGGCUUUGGUGCCUCGAAUAGCACGCUCUAUCCCGAGAGAAGGGUCUCCACGGGAACCGUUCUGAUCGCCGUGAACGGCACUGAUCACGCCGGCGUCUCCAAUUCCGUGGGCAUUGUGACGAUGCUGUCUCUGGAGAUAGGCCUCCACAACGGCUUAUUCAACUAUGUCGGGGCCGCCGCGGCAUCCGAGACAAUGGUUGCGAAUCCCAACUACGACCCCGUGCUGUGCAACAACAGCAUCAUACCCCCCGCGGGCAUCAAUCACUGUGAUCAGAAUAUCAUCAUUCCGGUGGCAGCGACGGUGGUGCAGCCAGCCAAAGUGGGCUUUACUCCGACGUGCAACGCCGAGGAUGUGUGCAUGAUGGGAGAUCCUAGUGUGUAUACGUGUAUAGGCGAAGUCCCGGGGCAGAAGAACUGCGGCGUCUAUAGGACGAGCCCUGCUGAAAUUCGUAAGUUGCAGAUGACGGUGUGGGUAUCGUACUACGGCACAGACGGGCGGCGGAAUGUGCUCACAAGUGGUGGCAGAAACCCGCUCAACUACCUUUCCUUUCUCAAGGAAAACGCGCUCCAGGCCUUAGCCAACAAGAUCGACUCCCUUUUCCACGGAAAUAUCCCUGAUUGA